GGAUUUCUACCUCAACGUAGAUCAAGAUGGAUGCUGAAAGCGGAGGUUCGGCCCUUUCUAGUCCCUCGGAUGCCACAAUGUCUAAUGAAGCAAGUCCACAGGCAUCCAAAAUACAGGACAUCAAAGAGGAGGUCAUGUACAGUUUUGAAUAUGGAAAUUUUAAGCCAUCUCAUUUUCCAUCGUGUUCAGAACCUGAGGAAAACAUGGACUUUGUUUCGCAGAGUUCCCUAAAAGUUGACCCCUCCCCUAAAAAUUUCCUCGGUGACCAGGAUCGUAUGAUUGGACCGUGUAGUAGCAGUACUGAUGUUGUCAUAGCAACAAGCCCAAACUCGAGUAGUAUGGACUCGUGUCAGGCCAGCCCUGACUCUGCCAUGCAGAGAUCUCCCUCCUCCUCUGUGCCCCUCCUCCCGCCCUGUAGAGUCUGUGGGGAGAGGGCAUCAGGGUUCCAUUAUGGGGUCAACACCUGUGAAGCCUGUAAAGGAUUUUUUCGGAGAAGUUUAAGAAGACAGACUGAAUAUAAAUGUGUGAAGAGUGACAAGAGCUGUGUGAUAGCCCCAGGGAAGAGAAAUGGCUGUCCAUUAUGUCGAUAUAAUAAAUGUCUAUCUGUGGGAAUGUCCAAGGAAGCCAUAAAGACUGGAAGAUACACUCAUCAAAAGAGGACACAGGAUAUUCGAGAAAUCAAGCGAUUACAGAAUCAGGUAGAGAUAAAACAGGAGGUGGCGAUUCCCGUGGAGAAAACCCCGCCACCACCGGUGGUGAAUGAGGAGUUUGAAAAACUUGCAGACUACAUCCAUGAUGCUCAAAAGACCAUGUACGGACCAGCUCUGGCCUUUUGGACCAAUUCUAAGGCCAUUUUAAAAGUGACCUCUGAUUAUGCGGAGGCAUUUAAAUUGAAAUCCGAGAUGUUUGGAGGUAUGAACAAUCUAUCUAAGGAGGAAUACCUCAACUUCUAUCAGCAAACAGGGAUUGAUGUGGACAACCGCAUGUCACUGGUGUCCAAUUUUGCCAACACCAUGGAGAGAAACAUCACCAAGUUUGUGGCCUUCACAAAAAUGAUCCCAGGAUUUAAUGCACUACCUCUAGAGGAUCAAGCAAGUCUGGUCAAAUCUUCGAGGUUUGAGUUUUGGAUAUUUGGCUUUUGGAAGUUCAUUGAUGUGGAGCGCAGUGUGUUAACAGGACCAGCUAUGAGGUGUUACCAUUCCAGUGAGCUGUGUAAUGUCUGGGAUAAAGACUUUGUGGCAGCCCUUUUUAAUUUUGCCCAGACUCUACAUGCUCUACAGAUGACGGACAUGGAGAUUUCCUUAGUGCGCUGUAUCUGUUUAACUUAUACAGAUCGAUGUGAAUUGAAAAGUCCAGAAAAGGUGGAAGAAAUCCAGUUGAAAAUGAUCAUGUGCCUUAAGUAUGUGGUGGAAAAAAAUCAUGCAAAUUCAGAACAUUUCCUGUCUCGAAUACUGGACAGGCUAGCGGCCGUCCGAAAUCUGACAGACUGGAGCCAGAAGAUUGCACAGGAAGUCAAACUUGAUUGGCCAAUUCUACAGAAACACCCCUUACUUCUGGAGAUGAUGUCUAUGUGACCCAUGAUAGAACAGUCAUACAGUGACCUCUAGGAAUUCAUAAGACACUGAAGGCUGUGUAAAUAAUGGAAGUUUGUGCUACUGUGUUCUUCUCUCUGUUCAUUUGUUUUUCAUCCAUUUCAAAUAUCCUUAGCCUCAUUUUCAUUCCAUUUAUAAAAGAGUUAUUACUUGAUAUUUAGUUUGGAAGUUUCCUUACGUAAACCGACAGUUCAACCCAUAGUUGUGUAUAAGUCAAUGUGUAAUGUGACAUGUUGUUUACGUUUUAAGUUAUUCUGAAGUUUAUCACUACUUACAGGUCAACAUUUAAAAUUUGUUGUCAUUUUCUCAGAAUACUCUAUCCCUUUAUCAUGUAUAAAGAUAUUCUGUGAAGGAUUCCCUUAGUAUUGUACAGACAGGGUAACUGUUUCUCUAUUGUUACAUACAUUGUGUACAUAAAUAUAUUAUUGUUUCACCAGUUUUAGAAGUUGCAAACUGUGAUAGCAGUUCUUAUGGACCCUCUUUACACAAAUGAAAUUUUUUAAUAAACUUUGAGAAAAACAUACAAAUUACUGAGUUGAUGCAUUUCAUUUUCAACAUAGUGUAUUUCAUUUUCUCUAGGAGAAACAAAGUAUCAAUGAACAGAAAUAGUUUUUGUUUACUUAUAAAUUCAUCUUAGUCUAACAUACACCUGUAUUAAGAAUACUUGAAUUGAUUAACAGUCUGAUUUCAGAAUCAAAGGGUAGAUCACCUUAACUGCUUUAUAUUACUGUAAAAUUGGAACUCUUCAAUGUGCAGUAUACAGAGGGUCCUUAAGCAUGAUUUUAAUCAACUUUGUUGUAGUUGUGAUUGCUUUGAAAAGUGCAUUAGCUUUAAAUCAUACUUGUUUGCAGAAUAUGUGUAAAUUUUAUUCUUAGAUGCAGAUUUUAUUGGGCCUUAUUAAUAGAUAUACAUGUAUUCUCAAGGAAUAUUUCUGGGUUUUUUUUCCCUUACAGAUUGACUGACCAUGAAACUGGUUAGUUGAAAUAGUGUAUGUUCAAGAAAUUUUGAAUUACGUGUAUCUAUGAGUAACCUUUCACUUCAAAAACUGUGAUUGGGGAAGUCAUCUCAAUUUAAGAGCAUGCUGUUAUAUUAAGGGGUAGUUAUUAUCAGAGAUAUGGUAUAAUAUAUGUGCUUUUGUGCUAUCAGAGAUAAGAUUUAUGUGCUAUUAUGCUAUAGAUAUUUUAAAGAGCUACCUGAAUUAUAUGAAGCAACUGUAUACAUCUAUUGUGUUCUUUGAUGGGUGUGUGGUGGAAGUGAAAUGCUGGACAUUUUUUUCCAGUAGGAUGUCAAAAUUGUUUAAUAGACCUCCCCUCCCCACCCCCUAACACCUCUUGCAAGCCCACUAUUUUGCAUUCAAGUUUCAGUUUGAAUUUUAAUUCCAUUUUUAUUCAAGUUAUAAUCAAGUUUUUACUGAGCUUUGUUUAAAUAUCGUAUAUAACCAAUGAUAUUGGUCCUUGCCCAGUGAGAAGACAGAUUUAUAUGGAUAUUCAAUGUUCAGAUGAUAUCGUAAUUAAAAGAAGAUACCACAAGGUGGUCAGAAUUUGGACUAAAAUAAAAGUACUGUAUGAUAUACAUGUAUGUAUAGAGCUCAUACUAGUAUUUGAUGGUUAACAAGAAAUUGUUACAAUAGUAAGCCUGCUGUGAUAAUGUUAUUAAUGGAUGAUGAGAGAAUUUUGUUGUCACUUUUCACUUAAAUAUCAUCUUGUGUGUCAUUGUGGAUAUGUAUUUUAUCUCCCCCCUCUCAGAACACAAUGCAGAAUAAUACUGGGGUGUAUCACAUCUUGAUACACAGAAUACUUGUAGCUUAUAUAACUGGGCUACUGAGUACUGACCAACAAUGUUAACAGUUCUCUUGAUUAUAUAGAUAAACAUCUGAUCAUGAUUUCAUUAUCGGUGAACAUUUACAGAUUUAAUAGUUAAGUAAAACUGAAUUCAGAUUUUAUCCAUUGUAAAACUGUGGUCUGGUUAUUAAAGAGUACAAAAUAUG